AUGUUCCGCAAGUACCAUGUCGGGACGGUGCCCUUCACUAACCGCGCACACCUGGUGACCCGCUCCCAACAAGCCGUUCGUCUCGACGCCGAGCUCUACUUCAUCGAUUUCAAGAACAAGCACGCCACCGUGAUCCUGCCGAAAGACCAUGAAAUAAGCGUCCGCGUCAAUCGCAUCCUCUCCAGGAUCGUCGACGCCAUCUGCCCUCGCCUGGCCAGCAUGACCCAGGAGCCUCUAGAUUGGGCGGCUAGGCUCGACUGGGAAGCGGUCGUUCUCCGAGACGACGGCAUCGGGGCGUGGUGUUGGGCCGAUGCCGGAAAGAUCCUAGUCCACACAGGAACGCUCGACCAUUUCACCGCCGACGAGGAGAUCGCGGUUAUUCUUGCGCAUGAGGUGGGGCAUGUUAUUGCAAGGCACUCAUCUGACAUAAUAGAAAGGUUGGCGAUUCGGAAGUGGUUUCCAACGUUCCUUUUGUUGCCACUCUACCGAAGGUUCGUCUUCUCAUCUCAUGGCUACUAA